CCCCCAGCAAAAAUGUCUACUAGCACCAGCACUGAGAAGAUCACCGAGGUCGGCCACAACCGCUUCGGCUUUGACUCGCGUAUCGAGGUCGACACGCUCCGCUCGCUCUACCUCACCCCCUCGUACAUCAAGUCGGGUGACAAGACUACCCAUGUCGGCGCCCCCCACAAGGACUACGGCACCGAGUCGGUCUACGACAAGGACUCGAACAAGAUCCAGUACACCACCUUUGCCAAGUUCCCCCCCGUUCGCCUCCUCCCCAACUCUGAGCGCAAGCGUAUCCUCGUCACUGGUGGUGCCGGUUUCGUCGGCUCGCACCUCGUCGACCGCCUGAUGCUCCUCGGCCACGAGGUCACCGUCCUCGACAACUUCUUCACCGGCUCGCGCACCACUGUCUCGCACUGGGUCGGCCACCCCAACUUUGAGAUGGUUCGCCACGACGUUGUCGAGCCCUUCCUCAUCGAGGUCGACCAGAUCUACCACCUUGCCUGCCCUGCCUCGCCCCCCCACUACCAGUACAACGCCGUCAAGACCAUCAAGACGUCGUUCAUGGGUACCCUCAACAUGCUCGGUCUUGCCAAGCGUACCAAGGCCCGUUUCCUCAUCACCUCGACCUCGGAGGUCUACGGUGACCCCGAGGAGCACCCCCAGCGCGAGGACUACUGGGGCCACGUCAACUGCAUUGGCCCCCGCGCCUGCUACGACGAGGGCAAGCGUGUCGCCGAGACCCUUACCUACGGCUACCAGCGCCAGGACGGUGUCGACGUCCGUGUUGCCCGUAUCUUCAACACCUUCGGCCCCCGCAUGAACCCCUACGACGGCCGUGUCGUCUCCAACUUCAUCCUCCAGGCCCUCAAGGGUGAGGACAUGACCGUCUACGGCGACGGCUCGCAGACCCGUUCGUUCCAGUACGUUCACGACCUCGUCGACGGCCUCAUCCUCCUGAUGAACGGCCCCGAGACCCGCCCCGUCAACAUUGGCAACGGUCACGAGUUCACCAUCCUCGAGUUCGCCGAGGCCGUCCGCGACAUUGUCGAGGACAUCCAGAAGGAGCAGGGUGUUGCCAACCCCAAGCGCGUCAACAUUAUCCACAAGGAGCUCCCCACCAACGACCCCCAGCGUCGUCGCCCUGACACCACCCGUGCCAAGGAGACCCUCGAGUGGCAGCCCCGCUGGGCCGUCAGGCAAGGUGUUGAGGAGAUGGUCCGCUACUACCAGUCGCAGAUUGCCCAGGGCAACAUCUAAGCGGCGAGUGCGCGCAUCUUGGUGCCCUGCCUCCAUCUCUCUCUCCGUAGCUAGCUAGGCUCUGGUCCGGCGUGUCGGACUUUGCUCCGUUUCCUAUAGAUCGUUAUACCAUAUGCCACAUUCAUUGGGACAUUA